UAUACUGCUUGGUGUGAAGAAAACAAUGCCCCGAUACCUGUAGAAACUAUUGAAAGUAUCUUUGAAGAGUUGGGAACCAUCUUUGGAUUUCAAAAGGAUAAUGUCAGAAACAUGCUUGAUUAUUUCAAUUGUCUUCUAGACUCAAGAUCCUGUCGAAUGGACUGUUCUUUGGCCCUUCUCUCCUUGCAUGCGGACUACAUUGGAGGUGACCGGUCCAAUUACAAAAAAUGGUACUUGAGUUCACAAAUCGAAAACGUCGGACAGAAGAAGGCCAAAUCAGAAAAGGAAUCGGACUGGCCCACUCAGGAUUACCGAUGGAAGAAGAAAAUGCAAAACUACACCAAUACAGAUUAUAUCUACCAAUUAGCCUUGUAUCUCCUUAUUUGGGGAGAGGCUAACAAUUUGAGGUUCAUGUCGGAAUACAUAUGUUUCAUCUACAAGUGUGCAAUUGAUUAUUACUACUCUCUUGGAGAACUUCAAGAGAGCAUUGCCGUGCCUGAGUUUCAUUUUCUUGAUAAUGUAAUAACCCCACUUUAUUCGUAUAUCCGUGGGCAAAGAUAUAAAAUAAAAGAUGGAAAAUGGAAGAGAAAUGGAAAAGACCACAAUGAAAUAAUUGGAUACGAUGAUGUCAACCAAUUCUUCUGGUUUGGGAAAAAUAUAGAAAAAUUAAAAUUUCAAAAUGGAUCACAGUUUCAAAGGCUAGGAACUCUUCCACCUCAAAAUUGGUACCAUAGACUACCGGCAAUUAAAUGGGAACAAGCAUUUCAAAAGACGUACAGAGAGACUAGGACUUGGCUACACGUUUUCACAAAUUUUAGUAGGGUAUGGAUUAUCCACAUGACCAUGUUCUGGUACUAUACGUCUUUCAACUCUCCAACGCUAUACACCAAGAAUUAUUCCCAAUUAUUGGAUAAUAAACCGCCUCCUCAAGUAACACUUGCGGUGGUUUCCUUAGGAAGUGUAAUUUCAUGCUUGAUAUCUUUAGUAUCAAUAGUAUCUGAGUGUAGAUAUGUACCCAGAAGGUUUCCUGGAUCACAACCAAUUUUUGGAAGGUUGAUUUGCUUAAUUAUCCUCACAGGCAUAAAUAUUGCCCCUUCCUGUUACAUCCUUUUCUUCAUUCCUAUUGACGUCUAUUCAAAGCGUGGGCUAAUAAUUGGUAUAUGCCAGUUCAUCAAUUCAAUCUUUACAUUUCUUUACUUAUCAGUUGAAUCUCCCAAUAGGCUCUUCAAUUUUAUUCUUGGAAACAAACAUGACAGGAAUCCUCUGGUUACAUUUACUUCAUCAUUUCCAAAUCUUAAACCUCGCGGCCAAUGCUUAUCAGUUCUUCUCUGGGUUUUCAUUUUCGCAGCCAAAUUCACAGAGUCUUACUUUUUCUUAACUCUUUCCUUACGAGAUCCCAUCCGAGUUCUAUCUAUCAUGGAAAUGAACAGAUGUUCUGGGGACAUUAUAUUUGGAAAUUUCUUGUGUCGACAACAACCAAGGGUAGUAUUGGGACUUCUAUACCUCACAAAUUUGAUUCUUUUCUUCCUCGACACCUAUCUCUGGUACAUUAUCUGUAAUUGCUUCUUUUCAGUUGGUCUUACAUUUUCUUCUGGAAACUCAAUAUUCACACCUUGGAGAAACAUCUUUUCAAGAUUACCAGAAAGAAUAGCAGCAAAAAUGAUAUUUGCCAGUCCAGAUAUCAAAAAUGGAAAAGCUUUCCUAAUAUCGCAGGUUUGGAAUAGCAUCAUUGUUUCCAUGUAUAGAGAACAUUUGAUUUCCAUAGAACAAGUGAAUAGGCUAGUUUACCAGCUGGUUAGAGAAGCGGAUAGCGAAGACAACGUCAUACCCCCAUUGUUCUUUGUCUACCAAGAUGACAAUUCUAUUAGCAUGAAGGAUUUCUUCUAUCCGAAAGGUGAAGCAGAGAGAAGAAUUUCUUUCUUUGCCCAAUCUUUAGCAACACCACUUCUUGAUCCAUACCCAACUAGAGCAUUACCUUCAUUUACAGUCCUAGUUCCCCACUACUCAGAAAAGAUUAUAUUAGGAUUGAAAGAAAUCAUCAAAGAAGACAAAGAUUCUAAGCUCUCUCUAUUGGAGUAUCUAAAACAGUUACAUCCAAAUGAUUGGGAAUGCUUUGUACAAGAUUCAAAAGUAUUGCAACAGAUUUCAUCAGCAAACCCAGAAGAUUAUGAUCCUUUGAACCUUAACAUAAACUCGUCAACAAUCACCACCAAAACUGACAAAGAGACAGAGUACAUGAAGAACAAGAUCAAUGACUUACCUUUUUACUGUGUUGGAUUCAAAGAUACUACCCCAGAGUACACUAUAAGAACAAGGAUCUGGUCUUCUUUACGUUGUCAAACCUUAUACAGAACUGUUUCAGGGUUCAUGAACUACGAAACUGCUAUCAAGUUACUCUACCGAUUGGAAGAUAAAGAUCAGUAUAUGUCGUUUGAAUCGCCUCUUGAAAUGGAGUACGAACUAAACCAGUUUUCCAAUAGAAAGUUCAGACUACUUAUCGCAAUGCAAAGAUACCAAAAGUUUUCAGGAGAGGAGAGAGAAGCGGCUCACUUGUUGUUUAGAACGUAUCCUUCGAUUAAUGUCGCCUACCUUGAAGAGGUACCACGUGAAGAUGGUCAAUUAGACUACUAUUCGACAUUAUUGGAUUUGUCAAAUCCAAACCCAGACAAUACCUUUGGUUGCAAAUACAAAAUAAAGCUUUCAGGAAACCCAAUUCUUGGAGAUGGAAAAUCAGAUAAUCAAAAUCAUUCCUUGAUAUUUACCCGUGGGGAGUAUAUUCAAGUAGUAGAUGCCAAUCAGGAUAACUAUUUGGAAGAAUGCUUGAAAAUCAAAUCUGUACUUGCUGAAUUCGAAGAAAUGGAGAAUAAUUCUGCUUCUGAAUAUAUUCCGGAGGUAACAGAUGAUAAUUCGAAUUGCCCAGUUGCAAUUCUUGGGACUAGAGAGUAUAUAUUCUCUGAAAAUAUUGGGAUUUUGGGUGAUAUAGCUGCCGGAAAGGAACAAACGUUUGGGACAUUAUUUUCCAGAACGCUAGCAGAGAUAGGUGGAAAGCUUCACUAUGGACACCCAGACUUUUUGAAUUCGAUAUUUAUGACUACAAGAAGUGGAAUUUCGAAAGCUCAGAAAGGGUUGCACUUGAACGAGGACAUCUACGCCGGAAUGACAGCUUCUAGUAGAGGAGGAAGAAUCAAGCAUUGUGACUACUACCAAUGUGGAAAAGGAAGAGACUUAGGAUUUGGAACCAUUUUAAAUUUCACCACAAAAAUAGGUUCUGGAAUGGGAGAGCAGAUUCUUUCAAGGGAGUAUUUCUACAUGGGAACUCGGUUGCCAAUCGAUAGGUUCCUAUCUUUCUAUUACGCACAUGCUGGAUUUCACCUUAAUAAUCUCUUCAUCAUACUUUCAGUCCAAAUAUUCAUGGUCACUAUAAUCAACCUAGGAGCUUUAGUACAUGAAUCAAUUCUAUGUAAUUAUAAUCCUUCUGUCCCUUAUACUGAUAUUGAAGAACCCAUUGGAUGUUAUAAUUUGCAGCCUGUACUUAAUUGGAUUAACAGGUUUGUGCUAUCCGUUUUCAUCUGCUUCUUCAUUUCCUUCGUUCCUUUGCUAACACAAGAGCUCAUAGAAAAGGGAUAUGUCAAGGCAUUGGCAAGAGUUUUCUAUCAUUUCGUGUCGUUGUCUCCACUUUUUGAAGUGUUUGUUUGUCAAGUAUUCUCAAAGUCUUUGAGGGACAACCUAACUUAUGGAGAAGCAAGAUACGUUGCAACUGGAAGAGGGUUUGCAAUUUCUCGAGUUCCUUUUUCCACACUCUAUUCCCGAUACUCACCUGUUUCAAUUAACUUGGGAAUCAAGAUUUUUUUUUCUUUACUAUUUGCAACUAUGACGAUAUGGCAAUUCUCAUUGAUUUGGUUUUGGAUUACAAUAGUCUCAUUGUGUCUUGCACCUUUUAUCUUCAAUCCUCACCAGUUUGAAGUUGGUGAGUUCUUUUUGGAUUACAGGGAAUUCAUUCAUUGGAUGUCUAGAGGGAAUACAUCAUCGUCAAACAAUUCUUGGAUUCAUUAUGUGAAAAGUCAACGUUCCAGAGUUACUGGGGUGAGAAGGAUUGCACGAUCAGAAACAAGCAUAGAGAUAGAAGAUACAAGAUCUGCCAGAGUGAACACUAUCCUCAGCGAAGUAGUCUUGAGGCUAUUUGAAUGUAUUUUCCUAUUCAUCCCAUACAUGUUCAUUAAUUCUCAAAAUGGGGUUUCCGUUCCAGCCCGAGUUAACCCAUUGCUUCGGAUUCUUUGUGUUGCACUACUUCCUUACACAGUCAAUAUUGUAAUUCUUCUUGUAUUGCACCCAAUUUCAUUUCUAAGUGGUUGGAUUCUUCAAUAUUGCUGUCCUAGCGUGACAUCUGUGAUCGCUGGAUUGGUUCACUUUGUUUCAAUUUUGGGAAAUAUUGUUGCCUUUCAGGUUCUUCUCUUGCUUGAAGGAUGGAACUUACAAAGAGCAGCUUGUGGGUUCAUCUUUAUUACUAGCUUCCACAGAUUUAUUUUCCAUUUUGUCAUCACUGUCUUCGUAUCCCGAGAAUUGCUGUUGGACAGUCCCAACCUAUCCUGGUGGUCUGGCCGUUGGUUUACAAGUGGUCUUGGGAUUCACAUUAUUUCGCAGCCAUUAAGAGAGUUCAUAGUGAAGAUCUUUGAGUUGAACUCUUUUGCAUGUGACUUUGUAGCUGGGCAUUGUCUCAUGUUCAGUAUGACACCCUUUCUCCUUGUCCCACUAGCAGAUAAAUGGCAUACAAGCAUGCUCUUCUGGCUCAAACCUUCCAAAAAGUUCCGUAGGGCCAUUUACUCCAGAAAAAGAACUCGCCAGAGACAAAGGCGUAUGGUGCGCUACGGAUUUCUCUACUUUGUGAUCAUGGCACUCUUAGCAGCCAUUUUUUUGGCACCACUAUUUCUCAACCACUACAUUCCAAACCUAAGACCUCGGCUCCCUCCCCCGUAUUCAGAACUCUUCCAGCCCAACCACCAGUUGAAUAAUGACACCGGGGAAAAUGCCCCGUACUAUAUUCCACGAGCCAAACCGCGCCCUCUCCCAAUGCGGACUGUAGCUUAG